AUUUCAAGUGUAGACCUUAGGAUCUUAUUACUCUAUGUAGAAUGCUGGUUGUAACUGGAACAGGAAAGAUGCCAAAGGAUCGAUUUCUUCUUUGCUAUUCUCUCAUUAGUGUUAUCUUCAUUCUAAGCCUUGAAAACUGCUUAGGAAAACCUCUGGACAGGGAUGGGAAAACCAGAAAUGAUAUUCAUUUCGAGAUUCCAGAAAGUAUUCGCAAAGAAAUUCAAGAUCAUAAAAGCAUUGCAAACGAUGUCAUAACAUUCGUUCUCAAUGGACCAGCAAAGCAUCAAGUGUACAACAGACUCGCAGACUUUACUGAUAGAUUCGGUAGCAGAAUUGCAGGAUCUCAAAAUCUCGAGAAUGCAAUCGAUUAUAUGUUGAACGCGCUCAAAAAAGAUGGACUCGAAAAUGUCCACGGUGAAGAAGUUAUGGUGCCCCAUUGGGUCCGGGGGGGUGAAUCGGCGGAAAUGCUGCAACCAAGGGAACACAAGAUGAGUAUUUUGGGUCUAGGCUCAAGUACUGGAACACCCCCUGAAGGGAUCACUGCUGAAGUUUUGGUAGUGAAAUCUUUCGAAGAACUCACUACAAGAGCAGAUGAGGCUAAAGGCAAGAUCGUAGUGUUCAACCAGGAUUUUAUCUCUUAUGGUGAAACAGUAAAAUAUCGAGAUUUUGCAGCUCAGAGGACAGCACAAGUAGGGGGCAUGGCCUCCUUGAUCAGAUCUGUAACUCCAUUUUCAAUCAACAGUCCCCAUACUGGCUGGCAGGAUUACAAGAAAGGUAUUCCUAAGAUUCCUACUGCAUGCAUUACUGUUGAAGAUGCUGAAAUGAUGUGGCGUAUGGCUCAGCGUGGGGACAAGAUUGUUGUUAAACUAAUCAUGUCAGCAAAAUCCCUGCCACCAGUCAAAUCAAGGAAUACUGUGGCUGAGAUAAUUGGAUCAAAGUACCCUGAACAAGUAGUUUUGGUAAGCGGGCACCUUGACAGCUGGGACGUCGGUGAAGGUGCGAUGGAUGAUGGGGGUGGGGCUUUCAUCUCAUGGCAAGCACUGUCCAUCUUUCGGCAAAUGAACCUCCGGCCUAAACGGACUCUGCGCAUGGUGCUUUGGACCGGUGAAGAAGAAGGUCUUAUUGGUGGGAUGAAGUAUUACAAUGACCAUAAGGUGAAUGUUAGUAAUUACGACCUCGUUAUGGAGUCCGAUAUUGGGACCUUUAAACCUCUGGGACUGGACUUUAAAGGGAAUGCAGCUGCGAAUGAGAUUAUGAAGGAAGUCUUGCAGCUUUUAAUGCCAAUCAACGCCACCCAACUUGCUCACGGUUAUGUGGAUGGGGAUAUUACUGGCUGGGUGAAUGCGGGCGUUCCUGCUGGUAGCCUGAAGAAUGAAAACGAGAAGUACUUUGACUUCCAUCACUCCGAUGGGGAUACUAUGACGGUGCAGGAUCCGGAUGAGAUGGACUUGUGUGCCAUUGUUUGGGCUGUUGUGGCUUUUACAGUGGCUAAUCUGGAAGAAAUGCUUCCCAGAUAGAUGGUAACCCUGUCACCAAUCUAGAAACAUGAGUUGGACUUGUGUGCCAUUGUUUGGGCUGUUGUGGCUUUUACAGUGGCUAAUCUGGAAGAAAUGCUUCCCAGAUAGCCGGAAACCUUGUUGCCAAUCUAGAAACAUUUCAUUUUUGUUAUAAUAUAAGCCCUCUUCCUAAUCUUACCUCAAUUGCUUUUACUUUAUUUUUUUUAUUUUUUGUUUUUGUUUUUUUAUUACGUUUAUUUUUUUAUUACGUUUUUAUAUACAAAAGUUUAGUUGAUAAUAUUAUUAUUCAAUACAACGUAUCCCUAAUUCGUAAAGCAUGCUAGUUUUCUAUGCCAGUCAGUUUAAUUUUUGAGUUUCAUAUAUUUUUAAUGUAUAGGUAAACGUAAAGAAACGUAAAGAGUUCGAAUUACUUAGUUCUGUUUCCUUUAGCUACUGUAUAAUGUGCGGCUAUCCUAUAUUUUACGCCCAAUAAUCAUAAUUUUGCUCUUCAAAAGAUUUCAUAGGAUAAUAAAUUCGCUCUUAUUGGA